AUGGUAGCCGUGGAGGACCUUGUCUCACUGACCAUCUACUCUUUCACCUUCCUUCUGGGCUUGCCCUCCAACUUGCUGGUGUUGUUUGUGUACGUGCGGAAAGCCCGCAAGCACGGCGCCACCCCCAGCGUGGUCUACGCCCUUAACCUGUGUGUGGCCAACGUAGCGCUGGUGGCCUGGAUGCCCAUUAAGAUCCUGGAGACAGUGCUUCAAGCCUGGGCACUACCCCCGGCCAUGUGCCCCAUCUAUAGCUUCUGUCUCUUCUCAUCGCUGUAUGGAAGCUCUCUCUUCCUCACUGCCGUGACUGUGGGGCGCUACCUGAGCGUUGCCUUCCCCAUCACUUACAAGCUAUACCGCCGCGCCCGCCUCUCCUGCGUGGUCAGCGUCAUCUUGUGGGCGCUGGUGCUGCUGCACCUGGGCCUGGGGCUGGCUGUUGAGCAAGGCGGCUACUUUGUAUCAUCAGUGGGUGGCAACGGCAGCAACAGCCUGGUGUGCUUCGAGAACUUCACCGAGUCGCAGCUGGAGUUUCUGAUGCCGCUGCGCCUAGAGAUGGCGCUGUUUCUCUUCCUGCUGCCGCUGCUGAUCACGGCCUUCUGUACACUGCGCUGCGUGGCGCUGGUGGGCCGCUCGUGCUUGCCGGCCGGAGGUAAGCGUCGCGUGCUGGCCAUCGCUUUCUCCACGCUGGCCGUGUUCGUGGUGUGCUACGCGCCCUACAACACCUCGCACGUGGUGGGCUUCGUGCUGAAGAAGAGUGUAAGCUGGCGCAGGGAGGCCAUGCUGACGAGCUCGUGCAACGUGUUCCUGGAGCCGUUGGUGAUGCUGAUGCUGUCACCCGCCGGGCCCAGGGGCCUCUGUGCCUGUCUGAGGGAUGGGACUGGGACACAGCGGAACCCCAGCUUGGCAAACGCCCACACCAUGGAGCCGCCAACAGCUGUGGGGCAGGCAAGUGCCUCUCAGACAGAGGGACAGAGACCCACAUCCACAACUGCACCACCACUCGACCAGCCUAGAGAGGCCAUCGGGUAG